CCGCAGCGAGGGGUCACGACACCUUUCAUAUAAAACGGACAGCAAGGGCUGAGUACGGCACACCAGUCGGUGCUGCACAUUCGACAACAUGGCCCGCUUCCUCUGCUUCGCUGUCGCUGUUGCUUUUGCGGUGGUGGCCGCUCUGGCAGACCCGAGCCUCCACCUAACUGGCGCUCUUUUAGAGCACCACCUCCAGGCCACACAGGGACACGGACCCCACGGACAGGCUCCCCAGGAACACCACACCCUCGCUGGAGCUCUUGUAAAGCACCACCUCCAGGCCGCCGGUCACAGUGUGCACCAACGCGAUGCCCCUGAGGCCAAGCCCGUCGAGAGCGAGAAGAGCCCCAAGGGCAAGCCCCAGAAGAAGCACCUGAAGAAGCACCUGAAGAAGCACCACGCCAAGCUGGCCAAGAAGGGGCCUGCGACUCACUCUACCGGCGCCGUCGUUCCAAAAGCAGCGCAGGCGUAUUAUCAUCUUCUUUAACUGCCAUAUCUAACUGGCUGUCUUGUCUUGGCAGUAAUAAAAUCGCUAUGAAAGGCAAAAGCAUGAUCA